GCUGGUCUGUGUGUGAAGCCGGUGGUAAAACAGUGACACACAACCGAACAUAACUGAGCAUGGCUUCAGGUCAUUUGUAUAAACUACACUGUCAUUUAUCGCGAUUUUUUUAUGGAGCCACGUUACGACAUGUACAGACCUGUUUAGUGCCAGUUCGACAGAAGUCCUUCCGUCCCCCACUCGAUGACCCCAACUGUCCUGUGGAAAUUGGUGUGACUUCAGAUGCAAAGACUGUAGUGUGCUACCACCCCACUGUGGACAUUCCCUACGAGCUCACCCAGCCUAUAGAGCGGCCUGAUCCUCUGAGCAACGCAGCUGAGACACAUGACCAGGUUUUAAAAGCCCAUCUGAGCAAGGAGGUGCUGAAAGAUAAACGGGGACCCACAAUAGAGGAGCUGAGCAAGAUGUUUUUCACCACCAAACAUCGGUGGUAUCCAGUUGGACAGUACCACAUGAGACGCAGAAAGAAGGAUUCCCCAAAGGACAGAUAGGUGAAGGCCACAGUUACGCAGCUACAAAUAAUGUUUGUGUUAUCGCCACAGUUAUGUAUAAUAAACUGUUAAACAUUAAGUUAGCUGUCA